CUCGUCCAGAUUUUUUCGCUGGCCUGUCUGGCUUCUCAUCUGCUAAAGCAGCUAAUAAUACACUCGACGCUCAUCCUGGCGGCCACUGCAGUGUAAUACCGCGGUCUUGACGCUAUCUCAAUAAUAAGCUUACGAGCAACGACUCAUAUCUCCAUGACGAGAUACCGUGCAAUGCAGCAGCUUAGUCUCGCCAAUCUCGUCUUUCUAGUCGGCACGGCAUCAGGAGCUCUCUUGACCUUGUCCAGUUUCGAAGGCCUGGCCUCUCCAGCGCCUCUUUCGUGCAUAUAUGCAUACAAUGCACCAAUUCGAGGAUGCACCGCAGGCGAUUUCGGUAAAGGCACCACAUGCUCAGAGAGCUGCAUCGAAGGAUUACAAGCGGUGCAGUUUACAGUGCGAUCCUUGUGUGCCAAAGUCAGCUCUGCCAACAAUCCUCUGCUCAAGCAAAUACAAGCCGGCAAUCUAGUGGCUGCUAUCUGCAGUGCAGGCACGCCAGCUUCAACUCCAACUUCAACGCCGGCUUCAACGCCAGCUUCUCCCCCUGCGACGACGUUACAAACCUCGACGAGACAAACGUCGCCGCCACCACAAGUUCCGCCCACAUCUCAAAGCCCAUCAGAUGUUGCACCCCCUUCAACAUCAACGCAAGGACCUGUUUCUACUGAAGCAGCAUCAAGUGCGGUAGCAUCCACCACACCGGAUCACAGCAUCACAUCAGCAGCCGUUCCCAGCUCGACGAUCGAGUCCGUCGCACGAACCUCGCAAACAAGUGUCGAUCAGCCCUCUUCAUCGAGCGAGGAGCCGUCAAAACCAACACGGCCGAUCAAUCCUAACGCACAGCCGGGUAGCGGCGGCGGAGAUCCAUUCGACUUUGUCGCAAUCAGCGCGGCAACCAAAUUUAAUUUUCCCGAAACCCUCAUCACAGUGGCCACUGCCAUUACCGCCACGCUGGCGACACUAAUGCUGAUAUAAUAUUGUAUUUUUAUUUGUUUACUGCCGCAGCUUGGAUUCUGAGGAAGUUAUCAAUCUUUAAUAUCUAUGUAAUGGUCGGGAACAAGAGCCUGGAACAGCGCGCCUAUAAUUGAGCAGGGAAGCGCUAACCGGCGGCAUGAAUUCCCAGCACGGGGGCACUUUAAUGACAAUAAUGCAAAGGGUGUACAUGUAUAACAAACGACAGAGAAGGCAUUAUCUUUUUCAUGGAACUGCGACAGGAUCGCAGACACGGGAUUGGCGAGCAGUACGAAUACAUGCUUGGCCGGAACAGGCGCAGGUUUCGUUGGAUUUGGGGAUAUGAGCUGAAUGCUCUUGAGGGAAAAUGUAUGAUACUUAUGAAUGAAUGAAUCAACUUGGCACCACGCCGUAAUUAAAUGCGACUUGUCGGAC